ACAAUAUACUUUCUAAUUCCAAGCCACCACACUAACAUUUCCCUUUACUUGCUAAAACAUGGUCCAAGAAAAGAAACUAGUUGACGAGGUGUCCGGUUGGCUCAAAAUUUAUGACGACGGUUCAGUGGACCGGACAUGGUCCGGACCGGACCAAUUCAAGUUCAUGGCCGAACCGGCCCCUCCCCAUGAACAAUUCAUAGACGGCGUUGCCAUUCGCGACGUCGCCGUUACUCACGGUGGUGGCCAGAGUGGCCACCAUGUCCGACUUUAUCUGCCAGAGAUAAAGCCGGAAGACAGCCAAAAACUACCAAUUGUCCUCCAUUUCCACGGCGGCGGGUUUUGCAUAAGUGAACCGGACUGGUUCAUGUACUACCAAGUCUACACCCGGUUCGCCCGGUCCACUCGGUCCAUCGUGGUUUCCCCGUUCCUCCGCCGUGCCCCAGAGCACCGCCUCCCCGCCGCCAUCGAUGACGGCUUUGACACCCUCCUCUGGCUCCAAACCGUGGCCCGGUCCGGUUCACUCGAGCCGUGGCUCGAGCAACACGGUGACUUCAACCGGGUUUUCCUCAUAGGAGACAGUUCUGGCGGAAACUCGGUGCAUGAGGUGGCCGCGAGGGCCGGUUCGGCGGACCUAAGCCCGGUCCGGGUCGCGGGGGCAAUUCCGGUUCACCCCGGUUUUGUCCGGUCCAACCGGAGCCGGUCCGAGAUGGAAAUGCCACAGACACCGUUUUUAACGUUGGACAUGCUGGACAAGUUCUUAGCCUUGGCGCUUCCUGUUGGGGCCACCAAGGACCACCCCUUUACGUGCCCGAUGGGUGAGGCGGCACCGCCACUCGAAGGGCUGAAACUGCCUCCGGUGCUGCUAUGCGUGGCGGAGAUGGACUUGGUGAGGGACACGGAGAUGGAGUACUAUGAGGCCAUGAAGAAGGCCAACAAGGAUGUGGAACUUUAUGUUAGCAAAGGGAUGACACAUAGUUUUUAUCUGAAUAAGAUUGCUGUGGAUAUGGACCCCAAUGUUAGUGCUCAAACCGAUGCUCUCAUUUCUAGGAUCAAGGAGUUCAUUGAGAAGCACUGAAUGGAUCGGUUAUCCGGAGUUGCUAUAGUAUUCAGAGAAGCUUAAUUAAGGGUUUUGAUAUAUAUAGUUUAUUUGUUGCACUAAUAAUUAAUCGAGUUUGUUUCAGCUUAAAUAAUAAUUUUGAGUUCGAGUUUUGGUAAGUGGUUUAUCAUUCCUAGUCUCAGAGUUGGACGAAGAACUUUGUUUGUUGCCUACAAUAUUAGUAGUUCUACUGAACUAGUCGACUCAGGUAGGAUAGUCUCUUUUAAUGACCAGGUGUGGCCUAUCCAAAAAAAAUUGUUAAUUUGCAUGUAUUGGGAGAGUGAGAAAGUUUCUUAAUAAUAUAUAGUGCCCUUAAAUUUUCGGGAGUAUCAGAGGAUGUAAAUGUGACAUUUUGCUGUUGUUUUGGUGUUGAAUGUUAGUUGCAUGCCCAUCAUCAAA